AUGACUCUGGCAUCAAUCAGCGCAAACAAAUUAGAUUAUAGAAAAGCAUUUGGUUAUUUCCAAGAUCUACUUCAUCUAAUUAAAAAUGAUAUACCAAUGAAUAAAAAAACGUCACUACGUCAUUCCGCCAGGACUUAUAUAUGGAUAGGUACUCUUUAUUACGAAAAAGGCGAUACAGAGCUAGCGUUAGAAAACUAUUCUACAGCAUUAAAUAUAUAUUCACUCAAUCCUGUUGAAGGCAUAUUGGAGUUUGCUGACAGUAUUAGACAGAUUGGAUCGAUGUGUCAUACGUUAAAAGCUCACAAAUUAGCAUUAGAGUUCUAUGAUUUUGCAAUUCGUCAGUAUAGCGAUGCAUUGCAGUAUUUAAAACAAAAUCUUGAGCUUUUACUUAGUAUAUUCCCAGAAUGUCAUCAUACUGUUGCUAAUUAUUAUCCUUGUAUGGGGCAAUGUUUAUAUCAAUUAAAUAAUUUACAAGAAAGUUUAACAUAUUUUGAAAAAGCUGAUCAAACUGAUCGAAAAUUAUCUAUUUUACCAGAAGAAAAUGCUUAUAUGUCAAUUGAUAUCCAAUCAGUUAAUAUGAUAAAUGAAAAUCACGAAAAUGCCAUUUUUUCAUUGUUAAAUUUAUUAGAAAUUCAGCUCAAUUCUCAAUCACCAAAUCCAUUUAUUCUAUCAAAUUUAUGUAGUCAAAUCGAUCAACGUUACAUUAUAGUCUUGUCAUCUAUUGUUUUCUUGAAAAUGAAAAUUGUAUUUUCGAAACGUCUGGAAUUAAAAAUAGCUGCUGUUAUUAUCUCUACAGUUUUAAAAUUUUUACCCGUUAAUAAGCGAUAUCUGGGAGAAUUGCUAUACGUCCGUUAUCAAGAUUCGCUCAGAGCUGCAGAACGUCACAUUUGGUAG